AUUUUGGAGAAUCUAGAACUGCUGGAAAAAUUCACUAAAAUAUCACCUACAGAUGCUGAGAAAGUCAAAGAAAUGUACGGUAUCAAGAAGGUAAGAGAAACAUGAUCGUUUCGAUCGAUCUCAUAAUACGAUCGUAUCGGUGAUGAGUGUUCCGUUUUUAAUCACACAGAUUUGUCUAGCGUGUAGUAGAAUUGUGAAUGCGCAUACGCUUCCCUUGCAUCUUGUGUCUGAACUUGUCAAAGUAUGCCCAGUGGUUUUGACAGCUAGCUUAGGCUAGUUAGUCGUGUGUCAUACAUGCAUAUCCCUACUCUGUAUGUAAUGACUCACACACACUUUGAUAAUGUUAUGUCAUCGAUUAUUCUCUAACGAUGUUUUGUACGCGUAUUAUGGUGUUAUUCUGAGUGAUUUACGAAACGCUUGUCUUGGAUUUCGCUUGAGCACUCUUCCUACAUUUCUUAAAGACAUAAAAGCCGCAAGCUAUCUGUUUGGAUUAAGGGUUGUAAUAAAGUGUACGGAUAUGCAGGCCUGUGUUAACGCUUUCCCACAAUGUAUGUGUGUUUUCCACUCGUCUACUCACUGAGUCAGUUGAUGACACAGCCAUUACUUUUGGGAGUCCAAUAUAUCCAGUAUCGCUUUUACUAGCUGGUAUAAACCAAUUUGAUUUCUUUGUGCUCGCCUCUUGAUUGUGAGGUAUAGGUUCCUGAUCUUCGGUAAACUUCUGCGUAGCUCAUCCGGUCAAUCGACUGUCGUACCUUUGGUUGACUCCAAAAGGAUUAAUUAUAUGUGGUUUGUUGUAUUAGGUGUGUUAAGACUGUUACCACUGUGAAUAGAGUUGAUCCUUUGACCAGUUAGUCAUUUAUUUGGUAAUUGAGUAUAACACGAACUGUAUAUCAAGAUGAGUAAAUAGGCGUUUUUCGCUUUUAAAUUUAUUGUUGUUUGAUUGUGUUUGGUGGUGAGUCACUUGGGUCACACAAGAUGAAAUUAAUUCACCUCAGCUGUUAUUAUGUGUAUCUUGUUAUUAAAAGAUGACAUUAUGCAGAAGAACUAAGAUAAUGGCUGGCAUACUACCUGUGACACAUAUUCUCAGGCUCUGAGACCUGUAUCGAAUUGUCAAGACUGCUAAUUUCAAGUGAAGUCAGUUUUUGUAAUCCGUCCCACAAAUUCUGUCACUGCCACUUGAUUGCACUGCACGUUUUCAUUCUGUUUGAUUUGCCUUGAUAAUUAGGUCAUCGAUUUCAGUGUGGUGAAUGUGGAAAGCUCUUCUCCAGUGCGUUAGGUUUGAAGAUUCACACUCAAUCUGUUCAUGAAGUUGAAGAAACAAUAUACAGAACGACGUCGUCGUGCAUGUAUUGCAGACAAAAUGAAUGCAUUACACAAUUUGGCUAUGAAAUUAAUCGGAGAGGAUGUAAGUCCAAUAAAAUAUUCUAAAAUGGAGAAAAGUGAUAUCCUUGGAAUCUGUUAUACUGUAUUUGAAGGAAUCUCGAGAAUUUUGAAGGAAAGGCCAGAACUACUGUCCCGUUUGCAUAAAUUAACCUCAAGUUGUCUUGAGACGAAGGAUUCAAGAAACAGUCCAUCGUCUUCAGAUACAGUUAGCCUACAGUUCAACAGUCCAAUUUCAUCAACGAGAUCUGAUUACAAAGCUGAACGUCAAGAAAAUCAAUUGGUUUAUCCUCUUGCAACCAGUAUCAUUCCUUCACAAAUAAAAGAGUUGAACCAAAAUCCAUCCAAUACUUCAUAUGAACACUCAAUUGAAAGUUCAGACUUUUGUACAAAGAUGGAUACGAGACUAAGAAGUCCCCUUAAGAUGAAUACUUCAGAGUCAUUUUCUUGCUGUAUUCAACCAAUUAAUAAGAAAGCUGAUUUUCUAUGUAAUAAAUCCUCCAAACCUCAUACCUUUCGAUUACCAUUAAAAUAUCGUUGGUCACAAAUGAAAAAUCAAAAUAUAUUCAAAGUUGAAGAUAAGAAUGAUUACAAUUCCACCAGUCAACAGAAUUUAUCGUGUAGAAUCAAUGAUCGAUUUAUUUUUGAACCCAAAUGCCCUAAAUUCAUUGAUGAUCAUGAUCUAGUUUCAAACCAAUGG